AUGGGUGGAGACGCUUAUUCGACUGUCGCACAUGCGCAUCUGCCCCAGCGAACGACGGGUCCCGUUGGGCAGCAGCUACAUGGUAUCUACAAGAACCGCCUAGAUCAGUUCAUUGACAAUGGGGUCUACGCUUCUCAAAACCUGCGCUCGAAAUUCUAUGAAGGCAUAGCGUGCGAUGAAGACGAUAUCAAGCUGUCCGUAUGGUCAGCCCCUAACCUUGAACGACCACCAUUCGAAGAAGCCAUACCUCAUGAUUUCAAACCUACCCACGUUGGCGCCAGCUUUGGGCCUAGCUGGGCAACUCACUGGUUCAAAGUGCGGUUGAGAGUCCCGGAGUCAUUGAGAACGAAGGAGUUGUUGGAGCUGCACUGGGACGCGAAUAAUGAAGGUCUCAUCUGGAAUGAAGAAGGGGAGCCCCUUCAAGGUCUUACGGGCCUGGGUGACCGUACCCAAUGGAUACUUCCUGAUGGCUUCAGAGAUGGCAAAUAUCAUACAAUUUACAUUGAAAUGGCGUGCAACGAGAUGUUUGGAAAUGCACCCAACCACCAACCUCCAAACCCUAACAAUUACUAUGUCCUUCAUACAGCUCGAAUCGAAGCCAUCAAUGUUGAAGCCAGAAAGCUCUUUUUUGACUUCUGGAUACUGGGCGAUGCUGCGCGAGAGUUUCCAGAGGACUCGUGGCAAGAACACAAGGCCAUGCAGAUCGGCCAAAAGAUCAUGAACAAUUUCUAUACGUCGGGCGGCAGUCAGGCAUCCAUACUCGAAGGGCGCCGUAUGGCAAGUGAUUAUUUUGGGGAUGUGAACUCGGAAAACGUCUAUCAGUCAGCCGCCGAUCCUCUAAUCUACGGAAUCGGCUAUUGUCAUAUUGACACGAGCUGGCUGUGGCCAUGGUCUGAGACGAAAAGGAAGAUCGCAAGAUCCUGGUCAAAUCAAUGCGACCUUUUGGACCGGUAUCCAGAGCAUCGUUUUUGCUGUUCUCAACCUCAGCAGUUCAAGUGGCUUGAACAGCUUUACCCAAAGCUGUUCGAUAGAGUGAAGCAGAAGGUCAAAGAAGGGACAUUUCAGCCCAUUGGGGGCAGCUGGGUAGAGCAUGAUACGAACCUUCCUGGGGGUGAAUCCCUGAUCCGCCAAUUUCUUGUUGGUCAACGCUAUUUCCAGAGCCGAUUCGGCCAAAGGAGCAGAACAUUUUGGCUGCCUGAUACAUUCGGAUACUCAACCCAGAUACCCCAAUUAACGCGUCUUGCUGGAAUGAGUCGAUUCUUCACCCAGAAAUUGAGCUGGAACAAUAUCAACAACUUUCCUCACACAACAUUCAAUUGGGUAGGGCUUGAUAACAGCCAAGUACUUUGUCAUAUGGCACCUGCCGAAACCUAUACUGCUGAAGCUCACUUUGGUGAUGUCAAGCGUAGCGAAACUCAGAACAAAUCUAUGGAUCAGGACCCCAGAUCACUACUUGUGUUUGGUAAGGGUGAUGGCGGAGGAGGUCCAACUUGGGAACAUCUGGAGAAGCUACGACGCUGCCGUGGCAUAAGCGAUCAGACUGGCUUGCUGCCACGGGUUCACUUGGGCAAUUCUGUUGAAGACUAUUACGACAAACUCGAAGAAGCUGUUGCCAAUGGUACUAAGUUCGUAACGUGGUAUGGUGAACUCUAUCUUGAGUUACAUCGGGGCUGUUACACCACUCAAGCGAACAAUAAACUCAACAAUCGCAAGUCAGAAAUCAUGCUGCAUGACCUAGAGUAUCUGUCCACUAUGGCCACAAUCAAGGAUUCAUCCUACAAAUACCCGAAGAGACAGAUUGAUGACAUGUGGGAAGAUGUACUUCUAAUGCAAUUUCACGACGUGCUUCCUGGUAGCGCUAUUGAGAUGACUUAUCGUGACAGUGAUCGAUUGUACGAAAACAUUUUCGACCUAGGCCCGAAACUCAUAGACAAUGCUUUAGCCAUCUUAGGACUUAGUUCAACAGGCGGCGAGAAGUCACUCUGUUGCGUCAAUACUUUGCCAUGGCCUCGGACUGAGGUCAUUAAGAUGCCUCAGAACUUGAAGGAUUCAUGGUGUGAGUAUGCAGUCUUUGGAGGUGAUACUAUCAUGGAAUCUGCAAAACGUGAGUUUAUACAAGCAGCAGCUUCCAUCAAGGAGGAGAAAGACGGCGUAUUCAAGCUUCAGAAUGCCGACUUUGAAGUGGAAGUUGUAAAUGGUACCAUCACUUCUCUCUGGGACCGAGAUCAAAAACGUGAGAUUGUGUCCAAAGGGAGCAAGGCAAAUCAGCUCGUCAUUUUUGACGAUAAGCCUCUUCACUGGGAGGCGUGGGAUAUCGAGGUCUAUCAUCUUGAUACAAGGCAGGAAUUACCAUCCUGCUCUAGUACUAUCGCAUCGAAAAGUCCGCUACGUGUGAGUCUGGUGACUGAGACAAAGAUUAGCGAUCACAGUUGGGUGAAGACGACUAUUAGUCUGGCUGCGAGCCUCAGUGGUCAGCCUUCCUAUGUCGAGAUGGAAAGUGAAGUUGAGUGGCGUGAAACAAACAAGGCUCUCAAAGUCGAAUUCCCUGUUGAUAUUGUAAACACGGAAGCUUCUUACGAGACGCAAUUUGGAAUAACUAGGAGGCCAACUCAUUACAACACAAGCUGGGAUAUGGCCAAGUUCGAGGUAAUUUGCCAUAAAUGGGCGGACCUUUCCGAAAAUGGGUACGGGGUGUCUAUCCUGAAUGACAGCAAGUACGGGUUCGCAACCGCUGGCAACGUCAUGAGAUUGUCAUUGCUGAGGGCGCCGAAAGCUCCUGAUGCACAUGCUGAUAUGGGUCGUCAUCAUAUCCGGUACGCCAUUCUCCCACAUUCGGGGCCGUUGGAUCAUCGGACUGUCCGUACAGCUCGUAAUUUUAAUCAUACAUUACGACCUGUCGUGCGGUCAACCGAACCAUCGGCUUCAAGUUCAAAAUUUUUAUCGAGUAUCGUUUUAGAAGGUUCGAAAGCACUCAUCCUCGAUACGAUCAAACGAGGCGAGGAUGAUGAAGACGUAAGCCUUGGGGAGCUGCCCAUUCGGAAAGGCAGAAGCAUCAUCUUGAGAAUAUAUGAGAGUCUAGGUGGACGAGCAAGAGGUUUUGUUAAGCUUGAAAGGGUCCUCGGCGUGAAGAAAGUCUUCAUGACUAAUGCCCUAGAAGAUGAUGAAGGGGACUUGCAUUUGUACGAUAAUGGCUUUGGAGUUGAGCUCAGGGCGUUUGAAGUCGCCACUUAUCGUCUACAAUUGUAG